GGUGCCAUAUUGGAAUACAGUGUGUGAUGCCCUCAGUUCCUUGGAACCCGUUUGGGUUUUCAGCAAAGCCCCUUCGUUUUCCAAGACUUCGUGUUGGAAACAAGAGACAACCUAUUGUGCCUUUAAAAGAAUGGAAAUUAGUGAGAGGGGAUACGGUGAUGAUUCUUGGUGGAAAAGAUAGAGGAAAGAUUGGAAAGAUCAAUGAAGUGGUUAGAAGCAAGAACUGGGUAUUUGUUGAAGGAUUAAACACGCACAAACGUUACAUCCCUCCACAAAAAGGUUAUGAUGGAGGACUUACUAACAGUGAAGCCCCACUUCAGGUGUCAGAAGUGUCUCUCAUAGAUCCUUCAGAUGGGAAACCCACAGAUAUAACCUACAGAUUCACAGAAAAGGGUGAAAAAGUUAGAGUAUCAGACCGCACAGGUCGAAUCAUUCCUAAACCACCAUGGGAACGAAGAGAUGUUAAGAACCGAUCAGCUAUAAAAGAUGGUGAUUUUGACACACCACCAUCAGCAGUUACCAAAAAAACCUAUAUCCCAUCGCUGCUGUAUUUUCAUGAGGAGAUCAUGCAUGCACUGAAGGUACCUCCCACCAUUCCAAAAACAGAACCAGAUCGAAGAGAUCUGAUGAUGAAGGAAGUUGAAAAAGCUGCAAAUUGGCAUUUGGACACAACUGCAAAUGCUAAACUUAGUCUUAUAGACAAAAUUUACUUCUCAGUCAGUAAUUAUGCUGAUAGACUUAUACGGUUUUUAAGGAUUGAUAAAUUGUAAUGACUUUUUAAUCUUCAAUCUUCUCAAGUGAAAGAUAUGGACAGAUUGCCAUCCUCCUAUGAUAACCUAUCUUUCUUGCAGCCAUUGUUUGGACCAUCUCACGAAACAACACUCUCUCUGGCAGGGAGAAAGAGUGUUGUGCAAAAUGACCAAAGGCUGCAGAGCAUAAAUAGAAGAAGAAUCUCUACUUGUAGUAAAAGAAAAGUACCCAACACCAUUUGUUCUUGUAUUCAUUAAAAAUGUUUAAAUCAA